UUAUAUCUCUGGGGCCCGCUCCAUCUUGUGUUGUCUGUGCCUAGACUGUGUGGUCAGCUAGGGUUCUUUGGUCGAAAGCAACAGAAACCGGCCCCGCCUACACGAACGGUGAACGGUGACGGAAAAGCUGAAGAACCAGGGUCCUCAGAACCCACCACUGGCAGGCAUCAGCCGCCACCAUCUCCCACCCACGUGGCCCUCCGAAUUCCCAGGAGGGCGAAAGCAGGGCUCUCGGAUCCGCAGCCCCACCAGGACUGCACACAGCGGGAGAGAGGAUCUGAGUCCUGAAAGGGAAACGGGGCUGUCGCCUGACCAAGGGGAAACGGAUCACAGGAAGGCCAGCACAUCCUGUCCACUGUCUGCUCUGGUUACGGCAGCUGGAACUCAGGGAGUUUAAACACUGAGCGUUGUCCCCCCUUCCAAACGGCCUCUCCCAGUUUCCCUGGUGACUCCGGGGCCCCGAAGUUCUCUCCCCGUCACCCAAACCCGGAGCUGUCUUUCACUCCUCAAGUCCUGUUGGUUCCUUCUUCUGGUUUUCAUGGGCUUGAACUGUGUCUGCAGCCACCCCUCGCUGUGAAGGAGGCUGAGGAGGAGCGCAGAAAACAGAGGCAGGAGGCCUGUCUAGCCCAUCGAAGUCUCCCAGGGCCCACAAAGACCAAGGAGGCUGCGCGUACCAUGGCGUCAGACAUCCUAGCCGUGGGCUCCCUCUACCAGGUCCCUGACCUCAACAAAAUGAGGGCGAUAGCAGAGACGCCCCAAAAGGCAGCUUCCCCACUGAAACCCUUCACCCCCUUGAAGACCAAGCUCACCAGCAUCGAGACCAAGAGGAUCAUGUCCGUGCUGGAUGAGACCAUCCAAAAGGUGGAGCUGGUGACGCUGUUGUCCUACAUGGCAGCCAACACCGAGGACCUGGAGGGCCUGCUGGGCGAGGACCUCACCAGGGCAGUGCGGGAGCACGCGGACCUGUGCCAGGUGCUCGUGGACAAGGUCAGUUACCUGCAGGAGGAGGAGAUGCAGCUGCAGGCCGAGGAAGAGUUCGAGGAGGAAGCCUGGUUCCGGGACCUCCUCCUCUCCAUCGAGCUGCAGAAAUCCAACCUCCUGCCGGUCAUGGGGCAGAUCAAAGACUCCACCAAGAACAUCCUGAGACUCCUGCUCAGCCGCCCGCAGGCGGCCCAGCUCCUGCGGGCGCAGGCGCAGGAGAGGGGCCCGGGAGCCCAGGGCUUCAUCGACAGCCUGGUGGAGCUCCGCGGCUUCCUGUUUGAGAAGCUGCUCACCUGCCCCAUGGAAGCCAGAGACAAGAGCCAGUUCAUCCAGGAGAUCACGAAGCGGAACAGGAGGAACCAGGAGGUCAUCGACACGCUUGAGAACGAACUGGAGGAGAGAAUGAAGAACAGGGCUGCGGAGGUGGAGAAGGAGAACUUCGUGAUCCAGGAACUGAAAAACCACCUGCACCAGGUGCUCAAGUUCUCGGAGAACAGCCUGCUCCGCACCAAGCAGGAGGCCGAGAAGCAGCAGAAGGCAGACUACCGGGCCUCGCAGGGGCGGGUGGCCAAGAUCCAGCAGGACAUCCUGCAGCUGCGCUCGCAGUUCCACAGCCUGGUCAUGGAGAACCGGGAGGCAGAGCAGGCGCUCAGGAAGAAGAAAUAUAAAGUGGAGACGGAAAUCGAGAACUGGAUCCAGAAAUACGAUACGGAGAUGAGCGAGAAGCAGGACGAAUACGAGGAGCUGGACAUCAUCCACAAGGAGGAGAAGAUCCAGCUGGAGGAGCUGCAGCAGAGGUACGAGGUGCUGGUGGAGGAGUUCGCCCAGAUCCGGGAGGAGCGGGAGAUCACCUCCAAGAAGAGGAUGGAGGACGAGCAGGAGAUGAUGCGCAUGGUGAAGGCGGCCACGCUCAUCCAGGCCGUGUGGAAGGGCUACCUGGUCCGCUCCCUGCUCAGGUCCAAGAGGAAGAAACGGGGCAAGGGCAAAGCGAAGGGCGAGAAGGGCAAGGGCAAGGGCAAGAAAUGAGCCCCCCUCCCCCAAGCCCUGUCCUGAUCCCGUGCACCGCCUCUCCCCUCCCCCCUGAGCGGGAGAGCCGGCCAGGAAGCCACUGGGACCAGGAAGCCCGGCAAUCAUAACUUUCAUACUUUUUUCAAAAUUAAAAACCAUUUUAAACCACUUCCUAUGAAUAAACCUCAUUUUACCCAGGGCGGUUGGCUGUGCGUGUGUCCAUGCCUGUAAAUGCUGUCUUCAUAAGGGGAGUAUGCAGGGUGUCAGCACUAACCAUUCCUCCCUUCAGCCUCCGUGGGAGGCCGGAGCCCAGGCUGCAGCCCCCUUGGUCCCAGACCAGAAGCCGCCAAGGCCACGAUGGACACGUCACCCGGCAGGUCUGCCCACGGAGGGUGGGGGGCAGGCAGAGAGCUCCAGCAAGACCGGGCUUCCCUGCCCUCAGCCCCGCCCUGGGAUUGCCCAGUUGCCCACAGCUUCUCCCGCAUCAGCACUGUGAAAGCUCAGGUGUCCCAAGAUCAUAGACCAGCAGCCUCCAUGGGCUUUAUUUGGUGCCCAGGUAGUUGAACAAUGUAUCUUUUUAAAAAUUCACUGCUGGUAUUUAAAAAAAAAAAAAUCAGGGGCCCUCACACAGAAAUCCAGCUUCCUGCCUUUUCUGGAAAAUUCUCACCAACCAGAUACCCUGGGCUCUUCCAGAGCUGAGCUGCAGCACCCGCUAGAGGGCGGAGACUGCAGGCAGCCCCAGUCCCCACCACGCCCCACAGUCUUCCCAGACGCUAUGGCCUUGUCAGUUGCCCCUUAUCCUCACACUCAGGCUGUUGCCUCUCUUUAAGUCUAGUCGGAGGAAAGAGGUAUUUCUGGCUCAUGUCUAUUUAAACGGGGGAGGGUGUGUGUGUGUAAAUGAGAGCUGGGAGGGAACUAAUUCUUUGUGAAAGUUCUAGGAAGUUUAAACAUCACACAUGUUUAAAAUGCCAAGAGAGCUGCUGACUUGCUUGCCUCAUGCCCCACCUGCCCCAAGUGGUGUCUGCACACGCAUCCCUGGCCCUGGCCACUGGCGGUCCCUCCUGGACUGCUCUGCUCCCUUCCCCUC